GUUAUAAUAUGAUCAUUUGCAAUGCUUCAUCUCUGCACACGUGCAUCUUUCUUUGACGAUGUUGUAUGAGAUGCUAUGUGCUAUGCUGAGCGUUUGUGUCAUAUAGCAUUUUGAAUUAAUAAUAAUAAUAAAAAUACAUCAAUGUCAGGUGACAUGGCUGGCAGAAAGUUUAGGGCUAUAGUGGGUCUCAUGAAGGUCCCGGAGCGUGAGCUUAUGGGCGAUAUUUUAUUGCGCGAGAGCGCUGAACCUUCGCUUCCCGUUCAUGUGAAUAUCGGUAAAUUUGUCCGUUUGGAUGACGGCCAGUAUAUCGAUACGGAGGACCGGGAUAAAGCUGUUAAGAGACGACAGCUUGCAAACGCAAAGGAGAGAUUGCGGGUGAGGAGCCUGAACAGCAUGUUCUCAUACCUUCGUCGUAUUGUGCCGGUGAUGCCGCGAGACAGAAAGCCUAGUAAGGUGGACAUGCUGAAGGCUGCGACUGAGUACAUUCGGCUCCUGUCAGCGGUGCUCAAUCACACCUCUGCCACUAGUAAUGGGAAUGCAGAUGUUUUGCUGGAGACUGGAAUCAACUACCCGAGCUUGGAGACUGACUGUUCUGAUCUCUGGAGCAUGGAGGAUGCCCUGGAGUCACCAUCAAGUCCCUUUCUGUCUGAGGGCGUGAGCGUGGCUGCCCCACUGGUCACCAUGGCAACAGGAGCAGAUGAUGACAUUGAUCUCAACAGCAUGACAGUGCAAUGUGUCGUACCAAUGUACAUUGUUCAGGUCGGCUCAGAACAAACUGUGGUAACAAGUACACUUUCGUCUUAGGUGCCUUAGGUUGACGCCCUUUGGUGUCUUGAAUCACUGAUGUUUUUCUGUAUGUGCCUCUUUAUGCCAGAUCUGGGCUUUAUGCUAUUUGUGUCAUUUCUUGAAUAGUAGUAUUACUAAAAUAUGUGAGAUGUCAACCAAGAUGAGGAUUGAUGGUUGAUUUAAUACUGAGCUGUCAUGAGAAUUUUUGUUGUAUUUUCUCUUAAGCCCAAACUCCUUUAAAUUUGGGAGAAAAUGUAUAUAACAUUUAUUUUGAGUAUUAUAAUGCGCUUUAUGGUUCACAAAUGUG